AAUAAAGAUAGUAAAAAGCAACUUUUAAAAGAAAUACCUAUAAACUUUCAAUUUGUUUUCAUAGGGCUUUCUAGAUUUCUUUUACCUUAUGUCUGGGAGAUUUGUUAUAUUAUUCGCUGGAAAGAUCUGCAUCUUGAGAUCUGUUUUUAAGCCAGCAGGCUUCCAGGUUGUUGCCAUAUUUCUGUACCCUUUCAUUAAAUGUUGCUCAUGUGAUUGUUCGUAACGAUGGCACCACAUGAGACAAAUAAAGGUCACUUGAGUGCAUGUGCUUAAACAACAUUGGCUUGGCUUUGUUUUUCAGUUUUGUGCACUGUGAAGAGACUGAUUACUGUAUAUGCCUUUCUCUGGCAUGAUACAUAAUAUGAACAUUCGCCAGGAAGGGAAAAGCCUUUGAACUUGGGAAUCAUUUUUGUGAGGCUUCUGAAAGUCCAAAAGCUUUGCGGAUCAGAUUAGUUAUGGAGAAACUUAGUUGGCUAAGGGACACGGACCUGUGUGUCGGCACAUUGGAGAUUGUCGCCUGCGCUAUUGUGAUUGCCAUCAGUGUUCCUGGAAAUAUAUUGUUGAUUUUCUGCACAAGGAGAUGCAUCAAUGACCAGUUGCGAACCUCAUUCACACUUAUUUUCAGUCUUGCAUGGGUAAAUCUUAUACACAACUUGGCGGUGAAUGUAUUGAAGAUUGUUUAUGCCUCUGCUGUGGCGUUGGAUUCAGCCGGCUGCAAAGUUCUCGUGUUCCUAACAAAUUUUACUACUUCUGAAGCCAUAUGGUUCACAUUAUAUAUUGCUUUGCUCUACUGUUUUAAAUUGUGCCGAGUGGUGCAUCCACCAGUUGAGUCUGCAUGCAGAAAGCAUUUGACGUGUCACAUGGUGCUGAUUUCUACUCUCUGGGUUGCUGGCACUGCAGUGUCCUGUCCACUGUUACUGUAUACAGGGAGGACUGAAAAGCUGUAUACAGAAAAUGAAACUAACCAGCAACUUAGCAACGUGAUAUAUGCUGAAUGUAAGACGGAAUACAGAAAUGACCUGAUGGAGAUUUUGUACGGAAAAAUCUUCCUAGUGGCUAUUGAUCUUCUUCCGCUGCUAAUUAUGCUCCUCGCUGGAUUCCGAAUAGUAUACCUCCUUUGGAAACACAAGAUGGCAACGUGUGGUGGCAUAUGGAUUGGGGGCGAUGCUACUGAACUUGAGGUCGUCAGGGCAUGUAAACUUAUUCUGUUAUUAAUAUUCCUUAUUAUUUCUCUCUGGGUAUCCUACUUCAGCCUGGUUUACUGCCUGAAGAAAUUUAGAUCUUAUUACUUUGGUCCACCAGUCCUGACUGUCCUGUCUUCAGGAUACUCAGUUAUCAGCCCUUAUGUGCUUAUGUUGUUUAAUUACAAGCUAAUAGUGAGGAUAAGGUGCUUCUGCUGCAAGAGCAAGAAGAAACCAGUAACUGUGUCAGCUAUCGCUCCUGUGUCCCCAUAUGCCUAGCAGCCAGAAUUCUUUUGCAAAAGAACUCUGAAGAAAGAAUGU